AUGCAUUCGUACCGCGGCAGGACUGGCCCUUCGCGGUCGACUCCGGCCAACGUGCAGUGCCAGAAAUGCCUGAAGAGAGAUAAGUCUUUGGCUCCAUCACCGUGCUCCUCCCUCUGCAAUAAGCUAACUUUCUUAGAACGCCAUUACUCAUAUGAGUGCAAAGCUGCACCUCAAGAGCGGCCUUACGCCGCCAGGCCCUCCCGCUCCCAGCAGCUUCGCAACCCAAAGCUGGUACCGAAACUCACAGAGGCGACCCCCGAUGAGGUUGAGAGAAAGAAAGGCGUUGCAGACGCCGAGCUGGCAAAGAAGGAGGCAGAACGGGCCAGGAAGCGUGAGCUCGAAGGAGGUGAUGAUGGUAAAUUGCCUUCGAAACGCCAGCGAUCUGCAUCCUUCGACUCGGUCUCCUCCAUAUCCACUAGGUCUUCGCGGUCGCCGCCGCCAGCACGGAGGACAGCGGACCAGCCUGGAGGAAGUCGCCGGGGGCAGUCUCGUUCCCGAUCAUCUUCAGGAAGCAGCAGAUUUGGCAGAAGCCGGUCUCCGGACUCGGACGGCGAUGCGCGACGACCACAAAACUCGCCUCCUCCCGCGCUUCGUACGCAAGACACGAAGGAGGUUUCUCGACGCGACAGAUCCCUGUCUUCUGGGAGUCGGAGCAGAAGCAGGAGCUUUUCCCCUGAGAACAAGCCAUCUCGACAACAGCAAUCGAGGAUGCAGUCAUCAGACUUCUUUGGUGAUGCUCGAGCCCCAGAGAGGCGUCGCCGAGAUUCGAGAUCACCAGACCGAUCGUCGAGGGCAAGACAGGGACGGGAGCGAGAUGGCCGCCGUCAGUACAGGGCUCGCGAUGACGCACCCCCUCGCCGAGACGAGAGACCCUCAAGGCCUGAACCUCCCCGUCAGCGAAGCCUGAGUCCCUUUAGCAAGCGGUUAGCGUUGACCCAGGCCAUGAAUACCGGAAGGUAG